CAAAGUCAAACUUUGAAAUGUUAAAAUGUUUGUAAAACUAAUGAAAUCUAUAAACUUGAAAAGUAUAGAUUAAAACUUUUUUAAAAAGAAAAAAGAUAGAGAAGUUUCCUCAAGUAGCAAGGCAUCUCGCCUUGCUUUCUCCAUCUCCUUAGCUUCCCAAGGACCCACCUCCUGAACCACUGAAUGUCUCUGGCUAAUGGCUACCACAGUGUAUGAAAAUCCUUUUUUCUGGGGUAGCAAUGAUAUGUUGGCUACCGAUGGCUAAAGCAGAAUUUUCUGUCUUCAAGCAUCUGUUUUUCAGGACUUUGUAACCCUCAUGAAUUCUCCCACGGGUGAAUACAUUAUCAUAUCUGUGAUUAUCGCCCUUACUGUGUUGACACUGCUGAUUUUCCUCCUAUAUCAAAAGGAAGUAAAAAAAAGAGACGAGUUUCAAAUGGCAAUGGAUAUGAUUCGGACCUUUGUUGUUGGGCUUGAUUCAAUCCAUGAAGACAAGGAUGACUUCCAAAUACUUGCUGUAGCUCAAAACAUAUCAGAGGAAAUGCGGUAUUUUGCCAACAGAAAUGAUGAACUGCAAAAAGAAAUUGACCACCUUAUUGGAAACUUGAAUGAUGGUUGGGUUAUAUAUCAAAGGACGUUCUAUUUCUUUUCUCAUGAGCAACACUCAUGGUUGGAUUCCAAAAAAGAGUGUGAGAGGGAAGGCGCCAAGCUCAUUUCUUUCGAAACAUUGGAAGAACAGCAAUUUGUGAAUAAGCAAGUAAAAGACCGUAAACGGUGGUUUUGGAUUGGACUCUUUAAAGACAAUGGAGUGACAUGGACAUGGCUGUCAGGGAUAGUAGCUUCAAUCACGUACUGGAAUGCUGGGGAGCCAAGACCAGGAAACUGUGGUGCAUUGACCUUUGAAUGUGGAAGCAAUUGCUGGAUAGCAUCACACUGUGGGAAGCACAUACGGUAUAUUUGUAAGAAGGUGCCUAAUGAUGUUUGGCUCUAAGAAGACACCUUUAAGAUGAAUGAAACUGGAUCGCAUAAUCUCUACACAAAAACAAGAGAUCACCCACCCCACUGUUUUAAUGCACUCUGCCAUCUAGAUUUUGGCAUCUCUGGCAUCAGCCCUCAAAGUCACCUUGAAAACUCCUUAUUCUGCAAGCACAGACGUAGAUGGCUACAAAAAUAAAGAAUGGAAGCGUCCAA